CCCUCACUAGAUCUUACGGUUAUGGCGGAAGGACCAAGCGGCAAGAAGCUUUUUAGAACCGACCGAAUCUACAUCUGGCUCAGCAUCAUCACUUACUUUUUACUUUAAAGCUUUAUAUCUAUAUAUGUACCUACAAAAUGUCUGUGCUCUGUUAUAAUAAGGGAUGUGCCCAACGUUUUGACCCUGAAAAGAAUGAAGACGAUGCAUGUACUUAUCACCCAGGUGUGCCAGUUUUCCACGAUGCCCUGAAGGGUUGGUCGUGCUGUAAGAGACGCACAACUGACUUUUCAGAUUUCCUUAGUAUUGCUGGAUGUACAAAAGGACCCCAUAACCAGGAGAAACCCCCUGAACCCAUCAAACCUGAGGUCAGGACAUCCGGAGAAAAGAAGGAUGUUGAGGACUUUAAACCAAAGUUUAAUGAGUCUAUCACCCAGGCACCAAAACCCGUUGAAGCAAUUCAGCGACCAAGUGAAGAUGAACCAAUAUCAAGAUUACCACAGAAAGUCUCUGCUUCACUUAAGCAAGCUUUAGAAAAGCUCAAGUUAUCAGAUAAUGCACCAGAGAAAAAAGAGGAAGAAGGGGAUGAAAUUAAGAUUGGUACAUCUUGUAAAAAUGGAGGCUGCACUAAGACCUUCAAUGGAGCAGAGAGCAAUGGAGAAGUUUGCAUGUAUCAUGCUGGAGUCCCAAUCUUCCAUGAGGGGAUGAAAUACUGGAGCUGCUGCAAGAGGAAAACAUCUGACUUUAAUACUUUUCUAUCUCAGGAGGGCUGCACCAAAGGAGAACACCUAUGGCGGAAAAAAGACAUGGGUAAGAAGGUUGUGCCAUGCAGGUUUGAUUGGCACCAAACAGGAAGCCAGGUCACCAUAACAGUCUAUGCCAAAAACGCCGUCCCUGAGCUUAGCUACGUGGAUGCCAAUAGUACCCAGUUGGAUAUCCACAUUACAUUUGAUGGAGAUAAGGAAUUUGAACAGAAGAUAAUUUUAUGGGGUGUUAUCGACACAAACAAAAGCACACUGAACAUGAUGGCUGCGAAGAUUGAGAUUGUUUUGAAGAAAGCUGAGCCGAUGUUGUGGGCACGACUGGACCUUCCACCAGUAGUCAGUCCACCCAAAGAAGAGGAGAAGAAAAGAGAGCAUGAUAGUGAUAGUGAUGAAGAUGAUGAUGAUGAUGAUGAUUAGAUGAACAUACAUUACUAUGAGAGAUUUCUGAUCAUUUCCAAUGAAAUUACUGAACAAAGAAUGAAAUAUCACGAUGCAUGAAAGACAUUCUAUAAAGACCAGUAUUUCCUGUGUUCACAAUUCAUUGCACAUGGCAGUGUAAAAUGCAGUUAUGCUUUUCUUUAAAUUAGAUCCAGAGUUUCUAUUCUAAUAGUAUUACACUAUGGACGGUUAUGAGGUGUCAUUUUCCACAGUAGACUGCUUGAAGCAGGGCCAUUUAGUUUAAUAUGAAGGACAUUACUAUUGUCAUAAUUGUAAAAUAUCAAGUUGAUACUAGAUUACAAUGGAAAUAGCCAUGGUUUUAGCAGCCCACUGCAAGUCUCCUAAUUUCUUCACAUUCCCAUAGAUUAACUUUCCAUGUCUUUAAAACAUCACACCUUCAACUUGAAUGUUAUGUUUAGUAAACUAUGGACCAAACCUAACACUGAAACUGAGUUAUUUAAAGAAGGUCAGAUGAAAAUUUCAUUUUAUCUGCAAAACCUACAAUAUUUUACAAAGACUUAGUCUAAGUUCAAAUCCACAUCCAAUGAUGUCUAAAAUGUGGGAGGCCCAGAAGGGUUAGCAGAUGUUGGGUUUGGAGCUUUGUUAUCCAGUUGGUACACUCAACAAAAUGGCCAGUUGAGUCUCACUUUUUUGUUGAAUUUGACUGAUUAAUUAUUUUUAUUGUCAAGACAGCUAAAUGGUCUAGGAAUAGAAAAGGAUAGACAGGAAGGAAAUUUAUAUAUACACAUUAUAUUAGUUGGUCAAAUACAUUAAUUGUUACAUGUUCAAAAUUUUUUUUCUUCUCAUUUGUGCUUGGAUGUGCUAGAAUGAACCAGCUCUCCUCUGUCACAUGAGUUACCAGCUGGGGAGGAUAAAGGCUAACAGUGUAUCCUAUGAAAAAAUGGGAAGCCAGACAUGGCAGUGCAUCUCACACUGUGGAAAGCACUGUAUAGUCAAUGCCUUUUUCCAUCUACCUAAAAGCAUUUGGGUAGUUAUUAGUGUACUUCAUGUGUAUUUGAUUAAACCAGUGGUUUGCUAGUUGUUACAGCCACAUCAGAGUAAAUGAAAACCUGAAAUAAAGCUUCCCAUUGCA